AUGGAAAAGACGAAAACAACAUCGUGUUUUUCAGCUUCCCCAGAGAUACAAGUCAUUGAAGGAUACACAGCCGUUCUUCCCUGUAAUGUGACUUUCCCUCCGAAUAGAGAUGAUGUUGCUUUGGUGUUAUGGUUUAGAGAAGAUUCCGGUGUUCCCGUCUACAGCUUUGAUGCCCGUCCUGGAUCCUUUUACAAAGCAAACCACUUUUCAGAUGAUCCUCUGGGAUCAAGGACUUACUUCGAUUUAAACUACAAACCCCCCAUUCUCAAGAUUGAACACGUUCAUAAAGACGACGAAGGAGAAUACGAAUGUCGAGUGGAUUAUCGACGAGCUCGAACUGAAAAAUGGAAACUGUUUCUGAACGUUAUUGUGCCUCCCAAAUCUACAAUCAUAAUGGAUGUAAAUGGUCAACGUCUAGAAGGCCUUGCUGGACCGUUUGACGAGGGGUCAUCUCUGUUUUUGAAGUGUGAAGCUGACGGUGAUCCUCCUCCCACUGUAGGCUGGUGGGAGGAUUCCACCUUGCUGGAUGAUGACUAUGUUAUCACACCGCUAGGAAUAACCAGAAACGAAUUUGUUAUUGAAGAGUUAAAGAGAGAUCAUUUGGGGCAUACACUAACCUGCCAAGCUUCUAAUACAAACUUCUCGUCUCCUGUUUCUAGCUCCAUUACAUUAGAUGUAAACCUGAAACCUUUGCACGUAUGUAUCACAACGCGACGAAGACCCUUGUCGGCAGGUCGUAGGGUUGAUUUGGAAUGCCAAUCCAGAGGUUCAAGACCUCCUGCUAGAAUGACAUGGUGGAAAGACGGGAAAAAAAUGUUUUCAGCGUCAGCAGUAACAACAUCCGAAAAUGUUACUAUCAGCAAGCUGUCUUUUAAACCAGAAAUUGAUGACCACGGAAAAAUGUUGACGUGUCGGGCAGAUAAUCCUGAUGUCAUAAAUAGUACCUUAGAGGAUGUAUGGAAUCUUGAUGUUACUUAUUUACCAAAACUUACGCUUCUACUUGGGAAAAACGUGCACAGAGACUACAUCAAAGAAGACGAUGAUGUCUAUUUUGAGUGUGAUAUUAAAGCCAACCCCGCUGUUUCAAUAACUAGCUGGGAGUUUAAUGGAAAACGUCUACUCAGCAAUCCUGAAAAGGGAAUAAUGAUCACUAACCAGUCUUUAGCGCUACGAGAAGUGACAAGGGAUCAGGCUGGCAGGUACCAAUGUCUUGCAACAAACGUUGAAGGCCAGGGAUCAAGCAACGAAGUUAUUUUGGAAAUAUACCACGUUCCUGUUUGUAAAAAAGGUCAGAAGCUCAUCUACGGUGUAGCUCCAAACGAAUCCAUAAUAGUGAGAUGCUACAUUGAAGCUACUCCAUCGAAUGUUUCGUUCAAGUGGGCUUUCAACAACUCCUUGGAGAUAGUUGAGAUAACCUCAUUUAAGUCGAACGGAACAUACGCGGAAAUAAACUACAGUCCUGAUGCUCCGCUCAGUUAUGGUGUGUUGUAUUGCUGGGCUAGUAACGAACUGGGAGUUCAAAAAGAACCAUGUGUCUACACUGUUAUUCCAGCAGGCACCCCUGAAGGUCUACGAAAUUGCGAAAUCACGAAUAAAUCGACAACUUACAUAAAGAUAAAAUGUGAGCCUGGACACGACGGUGGAUUAAAGCAGGCUUUCCACUUAGAGGUAUUCAAUACGGCCGCAGAACGUCUACAGAGAAAUAUUACCAAAAAUGACAACCCAGUGUUUGUAGUGAAUGAUCUGCCUUUAGGAACAUCUUUUAUCCUUGCUUUAUACGCAUCGAAUUUUAAAGGGAAAAGUGAAGCAACAGCAUUAACAGUCACCACAUUACCAUCUCCUGGAAAAAGAAGAGCACGUGAUCAAGGAGUCGUUAUUAGUCCGCUUAUUGGAGCGCUAAUUGGAAUUGUUCUGACUUUGGUUUUUGCUGCAAUGAUUACUGUAGCAAUCCUGGGAUACCGAAGAUAUAGCAACAAAAAGGUUUCAGAAUUAGCAGAUGGACCAAUUACCAACAAGGAUAAUACACUGUUGCAAAAAGAGGCAGAGGAAAUAGUGGACACCACGGACACCAGGGAUCCAGACGUCAUACCAGCUAUAGCAAGUGACACACACGUACGAAAUGAAGCACUUAAUAGGGAGGCGAUUCCAUUUCAUAGUCUACACAACGGUAAAGGUCGACUUGAAGGUCAUUCCUUAGCCAUUACUCAGAUACACGGCAUCAUUCCAGCUGGAAACGUAAUGGGUCACCAUGAGAUUACAUAUGCUGAAUUAUCUUUACCCAAAACUCAGCCUCUAGAAUGUGUUAGACGGCAGAACCUCCCCACAGAAUUUGCGCAGAUUGGCAUUUUUAAACAAAAGCAGCCAUAUAUGAUACAACCUGAACAUGAAGAUGAAGAAUGCCACAUAACAGCUGAAACUCCCUUAAUGGAAACAUCGUCUUUCCUCAAUUCAAAGCCUCGAAGAAGUACAUUUGGCGAACGAUGUACUACAUCCACUUCAGUGUGAAAUAAAAUAUCUUAUGAAAAAAAAAGGAUUUUGCGUUACUAGUCAAACUCAGAAAAUAACAACAAAAAACCUGCACGUCGAAAUAUAUCGACGUAAGAUACAACACCCAUCAUUUUCCAUUGUAGCGGGUGACAUGUAUGUUCUAACGUUUGGAGUGUUUAUGACUCAAAGGUAUGUUUGCUUCCUCAAUUCGAGAUGACCGGAAAGUUGCAUGAAAUAACUAUCAAGGUCCACUGAAAACCGAACAUCUCAUAUGUUAGCAUUAUCCAGUUCUUACGUAAACAAGGAAAUUACGAGAAGUUUUUUAGUAUAAACUACAUAUUGCAUCUUGUACGCUUGUUGCUGUGUUCGUAUUGUGUAUUUUAAUUUUAAUUAAAGA